AUGUCAACAAAAUCAUUUCUGAAACCCAGCAUCUCAACUUCUCUUUUUUCAGUUUCUGACACAUUUCCGUACAAGGUCCGCAGAGAAAAAAUCAAGGAUGUCUCAGGAGCUGUGAAAAGUGCCGUGUGGAACAAAUUCGAUCACAAAUAUCCUCCCUUGGAUCCUACUCGUGUGGUGAAAAGAUCUCUGCAUAUGGUAAACAAAGUCCCAGGAUACAACUUCGUCACUGCAAACUGUGAGCACUUCGCCACGUUGAUGAGAUACGACAAGGCUCUGUCUGAUCAGAAAGAUGUAGAACACAUCUUCCAAAAUGGAGACAUUCCAAAGCCGGGAGAUAUGAUGCAAUUCCAGCUGGUUUUCCCUGUCCAGCAUUGGGGUAUCUACAUAGGCAAUGGAGAAGUUGUGCAUUUCUCAUUAUCAUUUUCUGACACAUUUCCAUACAAGGUCCGCAGAGAAAAAAUCAAGGAUGUCUCAGGAGCUGUGAAAAGUGCCGUGUGGAACAAAUUCGAUCACAAAUAUCCUCCCUUGGAUGCUACUCGUGUGGUGAAAAGAGCUCUGCAUAUGGUAAACAAAGUCCCAGGAUACAACUUCGUCACUGCAAACUGUGAGCACUUCGCCACGUUGAUGAGAUACGACAAGGCUCUGUCUGAUCAGGCAGAACGAUUUAACUUUACUGUAGAUGGGGAUUUCGAGCAGGAGAUCAGAAGAUGCCUAGCUGAGGUUGAUUGUGGAAGUGGAGAAUGUCUUUCAACCUUCCAGAGAAAGAUUCCUUGA